AACAUCCCUUCUGGUGUAAAGCCAACAAAUAUCGGUUCACCUGAACGUAUUAUCAUUGUUAUUCAAAAAUCCUUUCAGCGAUUUCGUGCUCUCAGACAAACCCACGUUCGUGUACGUGACUAUAUCAUCCGGGAAAUCUGAUACACACCCUGGUCACUUUCUCGUAAACAAAUUAAAAAACAAGGCGCUGUCUGCAUUCGUUCGUUGUCACAGAGCUAGGAAAAGGCCUCGCAACAUCACUUUCUCAACGUAGUCUUUUUUUUUUUCAAGAAAGUUCAGGAUUGUACUAUGAAUUGCGCCAAUCUUAUUUUAGCUUGCUUGAUGGUCGUUUCUCUUCCAAGUGGUGAGUAGAUUUUUCAUCGUAUUAUUUUACAGCUCUGUUCAGGAACGUAUGAGUCACGCCGGUCAUCAUGCAAACUGCGUAAGACAUUGUCUAUAACUGCAUUUUCAGCUUACUUCAAGGCUAGUUAUGAAAUCAACGAAUACGUUUCGAAUUUUAGUACAAUCAAGGACAAUUUCUUUUCUUUUCUUCUUUUUUCAGUAAUUUUUAUAUUAAUAAGCGAAGGUUUAGUUAUGAGAAACAAGUAAAAAACAACGCGGACAAGAAAGAACGACGUUUAGGUUAUGUUUAGGUGUCAUCUUGACAGUUUCUCAGCAAGCAUUUUGAAUUUGAAAAUGGCGUCAAGAUGGCACCGAAACGUCGUACUUUUUAUUUCUUGUCCGCGUUGAUUUUUAAUUUUUAUAUUAAUCUAUAUUUUCUACCUAGAGAUUGCAAGGUUCGCGCUGAUUUCAUGAAUUUUUAUACUUACAUAGUCACAGUCGACUGAUAUUGAGCGGCAGUUAAUCACAUGAAAGGAAAAGUGGCGAAUUUAAACGAAUAAUAAGUAAAAUUUUGCAGCAAGAACUCAAAUGUUCACUGAGGAGAAUACCAUGUGUCACGUUGUCUGCAAGAGUUGGUUUUGCUUGCUAUUAUUCACUGAUUAUUAAAUCAUUCCAAAACGUUUUAUUGCUUUUGUUUUUGUUUUUUAAUACUCGUACUUUGCCCUCAUGCUUGCUUAUAGCUUCAGCUCACACGCUCACAGCAUUCCAUUUUCAAGUUCUAAAUUUAAGCCGAAGGAAACGAGAAAUUUCAGUCAGCUACAAACCGAACAGGUGUAUGUUAUUUUCAUAAUCAGUAGAAAUACAUUAUCAGACCACCCAGAGUCAGCCAAUAAGGAAUCAAAGAUUUCAUGCACGAGUUGUCACACCAUUUUUAUCUCAUUAACAUUUUUUUAAUGAGCUCUAGACUUUAAUGCGUGCUUAAUAUUAAUAGUUGCCAAGACCAAAUUCCAAGAAAAGUGGAAAACAAAUAAAUGGGGUUGUAAAAACUAAAAUUAAACACUGCAAGAAAAAAACUUCCAUGGGAAAUGUAGUGUCAGUAGACUCAGCAAACCUUCCCUUGAAUAACAGGCGUUUAUAAUGGACUUCAUCGACACACUCAAAAGUUGGUUGGAACUACGGCUCUGAUUUGUUCAUACCGGGUUACAAGAGGAUCUCUAACAGUGGAAGAGUUGAUGAGAAAGUUAUUGUCUCAUUCUUAUUUAUUUUUAUACCAUCACCGGUUGGUUAGCGAGCGGCAGAAGAACGCAUAUUUAGGAACGGACCAUUAGAAAAGUUAUGGGGCUGGGGGUGGGGAAUUUUUGAGCGCAGGAAUUUUUUAUCGUUAUCAAAUUCCUUGUAUGAAGUUUUUUUAGGCCGUAGCAUGAAUAUUUUUUAGGGUUAAUUGGCGUGCAUGAAUUUUUUUCAUUUAAUUUUCUCUUGCGCGAAUAUUUUUUUUGUACUUUGCCCGCCCCCCUCCCCCAUAAGUUUUCUAAAGGUCCGUCACGCAAUAUACUACGACAGCGUCAAAUAUAAUAGGGAUAUUUUACUAUUGAGUCACACUUUCAUAGUUUAUGUGCCAACCGGGUUCUAACAAGAGGCUAAUAUUGCCUCUUGAAGCAACGGGCUAUUGAGUGUCAGUACAUAGCACAUUCGAAAAACGAUAAAAAUGUUUACAAGCAAGAAAUAUCGCUAUUUGCGUGAACACCCUUAUUUAGCAGGCUAAAACUGGCCAAAAAUCUUUCUAAAAAUUCUCGAUUUGAAAGUAUGUGCCAAGCAAAAUUUCAGUUGAUGAAAAUGGAGAACAAACGACAGAAGUUCCAGAGCAAAUAUUUUUUGGAGGGGACUAAUUGUUUUCUUUAAAAAAUCUUAAAAAUGCUAUAAAUAUCCUGAAAACUUUCUAAAUGCAGUUAUAUAUUGUGUUUCAAAACAAAAAUUUUAAGCCAAAAUUAUCAUUUGUCGAGGCUGAAUAGAUGUGUCCUAAUCCCAAAGGUUUUCCUUGAAACUUUUCUCCGCGGGCCUGCCGGAGAGAGAACUAGUUUCCAAGCGGCCCCGGGGGUAUUCCCUAUCAUGGCCUAUACCGGGGGGGGGGCUCCGCCCGAAAGGGGUACCUUUUUCAGGCUUCAGGUAUAUGAAACGGGGGAGGGAUUUUACUCGUUGAAGUAUAUGAAAGGGUAGGGAAAUCUGUCAUUUGGAUCUGUGAAAGGGUAGCCUGCGCGGCAGGCGCAAAAAUGGGAGGGGGAGGAGAAACCAAAGGGCCGAACAGAUGAAUUUUAUGGCUUCAUAUAGUCGGGAAAACAUUCUAUUUUGUGACUAAGUCCUAUUUAAAUGACAAUACAUUAAUAUAAAAGUACAGCAGUUGAAAGGGAUGCAAAGUUAUAAACAACGUAUGUGAAAGACGCUCCAUUUUGUCAGUAGAAGGUGUACGAAAGGGGUACCUUUUUCCUGAGAAAUAGCAAAUAAAAGGGUAAGGCUGGAACUAUAGGUGGAGCCUCCCCGUACAAAAAUUUGUUGAGUACCCCCUCCCCCCCCCGGAAACGGCGGAAACGAGUUGCGACACUUUUUACCGCUUGCGCGCGGUUUGUCCUCUCUCAGGUGGAAAAAAUUUCCAAGAAAAACCUUAGGGACCAGAAGGUAGAGGAAUGCCUUCGAUCUUCAUCAUUAUUGUGCAGGUGAUGACACUGCGAAACAGAAAAUUUUAUCUCUUUUCACCGGUGCACGCUAUUUUUAUUUUUUUCAUGAGACGGUUUUAAAAUAAAAACUGUAACCAUCAAAAAUAUAAACAAGCGGCUGCAAAUGAGGUUUUAUAAAAGAAAGUUAUUUUCAAGCUUUCACUAGACAGGGAGAAUCAAAUCCCAAGGAUAGUCUUUUUCGCUCUGAAAUAUUGCAAUAUUUGUAACCCCUGCCAAACUUCCGCUUCUGUCUAUAGAGCGACCAAUAGAUCGUUUUCACUGUCACGCAACAAAAAAAUAAAUUGGACACCGUCCAGUGGAAGAAGCGAAGAAAAUGAAAUGUUACAGAAGACUGAUUUUUAAACAAUUUGUCCAAGACCCAGGUCUUUGUGACCCACAAUUUCAGAGUUUAUUUGUCGAAACGUCUCACGCACCAUUGUAGAGCUUUGUAUGGAGACGCCAUAUUGGUGCACAGUUUUGGUGCGCCAAUAUGGCCGCCGAAAAUCAACAAAACAUCAGGGGCCGGUUGCUCGAAGCCUGGUUAGCGCUAACCGUUGGUUAAGAGGUAUCAAAAUGUAUAGGUUUCUAUGUUAUUUAACGCUGGUUAGCACUAACCAUGCUUCGAGCAACCCGGGCCUGGAGUUCACUUUUUCUAUAAAAGCUCCCUCUUUUCACUCGAGAAUUAGCAUACGUGCGCAUAAAAAUAUCUUCUAAUACUUGGAAUGUUUGUACUGCUAUUUUGGUGUCACGCACUGUGAAAACUCGGAAGUUCAAAUUGCUGUAUUUUCGAAAUGAAACAUGCUACGGGAAUGGAAACUUGUACAAAGAUUUACUUUUUGUUUAUCUUCAACCUAGUGUGAAUAAGAAUUCUUAAAAUCUCGCUAUUUUGACUUUGAUGACGUCACUGUGAAAACCAUCUAUAUAUAUGUCGCUGACAAGACUUUUUUACCGAAUACUAUACGUGUGCGACUUCACCACUGAUUUUGAAUUUAAACGUCGUAAAAAAUGUUUUACAUCAAAACUGUGUUAGCUCAAUUUAGUUUCUUUAUAACUAGAAACCCUAGAAGUUGGGGGCACGCUGAAAUGGUACCCUGAUUCCCCGCCACAGUAGAGUCAAACCCCUCACCUUCAGAAUGAUUUUCGCUGUCGUUAAUUACCAGUGUUCUUUUAAUUUAAUCUUUCGCCUUUCCCUUCAGUUUUAGGAAUUAUGUGCAAAAAGUGCACCCCUUCCGUUAGUCCCCCAGUACGCUGCAACCUUCCUUCACAGAUAAAAGAGGUAAACUGUGACAACGAGACUGCACCCGCACCAAAUGUUACGUUCGACGCCUGCACCUCAGGAAAGGUAGUGGCUAGCGUAGGCGGCACCGCCUAUGUCUAUGAAUGUACGGUCAAGGUAAGUUAAAAAAAAAAGAGUUCAACUUUUGUGAAGCGGGCACCUCUGACUGUUAACCUCUCGCGGGGAGGAUAACAUUGGGUGGAAGAUCAUCAACACUAGUUUCAAGAACAUUUUUUUCAGACGGACACCAGCUCCUCCAUCCACAUUAGAGUGCGCGUUUGACGACGCGUAAAAUGGGCGUAGCUUUCUAUGGAAUUGGAGGAGGGGGGUGCUAACGACCGCCGAAGGCGAAAGAAAUUAGCGGGGUCUGGGGGUUUUCUUCUUCAGGAAAUUAUGAAAUAAAGACUCUCGGAAACGCGAUUUCCAGCGCUUUGAGGUGCAUUUGCGACAUAUUUAUGGCAUUCAAUUUCAUGAAAGUUUGCUCAUUGUGUUAAUGAGAAAAGGCAUUUCUAACCGUGAUAACAAUAAAAAUUUUAAUAAAGUAGCCAACGUCACAGAAUCUGAUUUGCAGGUGGAUCGGCGUUUAAAGAAGGUUAACUAAUAUAUGCAAAAAUAUAUUGAUACAUGCAAUACAUAAUUCGUAAUCACGAUAAACAUACACAAAUGUUUUACAGCCGAAGAGCUUGACAACUUGCUGUUUAUGAUAAUUACUUAUAGAAACAUUCAAAAUGGCGGCAAAAUUAUUUGGGGGGGAUACCCCCGGCUCCGCGGUCCCUGAAUUGAGGACACUGUUUCUACGUCCGCGACUGACGGGAUCUCUAAUUCUACGUGGUCAUCCAAGCCACGUAAGGGUCUAUCUCUUUGCAGAGAAAAAGCAGCAACUUUUUCCUUCGUUGUCUAAACGUUGAGUAUUGGACCGGUCUCAGGAGUAAAACCCGAGAUCUCUCAAUCUGGCCUCAGUAGAUCAAAAUGUAGCUAGAUAACGCUAUCACCGGAUAAUCUCUCUCCACUGGAAUAGCGCAAUUGGUUUCCCCUACACUAAUCCACUUGAUAGCGAUUUUUUCCAUUUGUUAGCACUUUCCAUCAUUUGAACAGCCGGGGCCAGAACUCUAACAAACUGAACUAAUCCUGCCGAGGAAUUUUAAAGCGCUAUUUACUUUUCAGUUACCUGUCGUUUUAGUUUAGUUCAAGUAAAUUCCAGAAAGAAUAAUUAAAAGAUCCAAAAAAUAGACUCUGAUCUUUGUAAAUUCAAACAAGCAUCAAACAAUAAAUCCCGUUGAAAUUUUUCGCCUAAGAUUUAAAGGUCACAGUUUUAUUGAGCACAUACAUAUGUUUUGGACCCUAGCUAUAAUAGGCUGAUUUAGCAACAGGUUGAGAACGUCAGGUGACGACGGGAAAGCGCGCGGAAAGGACUGAACACGACUUCCGGUGCCCAAUUUGUCGUUCUGCCAUUGGUCAAGCUAGUUGUUUAAUUUGCGCGCGCCUUCGUCAACUGACGUUCCCGUUCUGUUGCUAAAUCAGCCUAAUACCUCCCAAAACCCGGACGGGCGCUUCACCCAUUGAGCCAGGAGGAAACUCGACCAGACUCGUAAAGAUAGAUGAUAUUCGUGAAGGUUAAAUUGUCGAAUCUGGUCCUGGCCCUGGUUGUUCAAACGUUGGAUAGCGCUAUCCACGAGAUAAGUAUUUUAAGUAUUGGGGAAACCGAUUGUGCUUUUCAGUGGAUAGAGAUUUAGUCAGUGGAUGGCGUUAUCUACCUUUUGAACAAAUGGGGCCUCGACUCAACUUAUUGUUUUGUCCUGCGCACGAGAUAUGAAUCUCUAAAUCUCCUUCAUUUAUCAAUUACUAAGCGAAACGUUUACCAUCUUUUUCUCUCGAAAACAUCUUUUUUACACCCGGCUAGCAAAGUAACGAAGAUGCUUGAUAUCCAAGUCUCACUAACUGAUUGCUUUCCUCUUGUUCUUUUAGAACUCCUCUGAUCCUUCCACUUUCAACUGUACCACCACGCAAGAACGAAUUUGCUCGGAUGCACAGAGCAGAUUGCCCUCAUUGCCUGUUAAGGUCACCAUCAACUCCUGCCAAGCAAGGUGCUGCGAUACAAAUAACUGUAACGUACAGGAACUGAUCGACCAGCCACCAGCAACUGGAGGCCCAACCAGUGUAGGCCCAACCACUGAAGCCCCAACAAGUGUGGGCCCAACCGCUGAAAGCGGAGGGGGAAAAAAUUCAGUCGCUUCCUCUUCUCGUUUCUUUCCUGAUUUUCUUGACAUUCUGCUGGUUUAAACAGCUUGAGUAACGUUAAUGAUUUGGCAUUGACCGCAGACUAUUUUUUUGUUGGCAAAGUUGUUUUGUUGUUGUUGUUGUUGUUGUUACUAAAAGAAAAAGUGAUUGACCAGCGUAUUAUCUUCUGGCAGUGUCCAUGACGGUGUCAGAACUAACACUAGCUAGUAACGGAAAAAUAAGUUACAAAAACUUCAUGAGCUUAUGGGGUGUUUCUUGGAGGUGCGGAAGCUAUUGAUAGGAAGCUCUAGUGCUGUAUUGUGACAGGGGCACCCAACGUCAAUUUUCGGAAAAUAUCUGUUCGGAAGACGAUUCGAGAUCUGGAAAUUUUCGGAACAUUUGUUGUAAAAUUUCUUGCUUGCCUUCCUCUCCUAGGAUUUUCGAACAUCUAAAAAAUGGUAUAAUUGCCCAUUUUAAAGGGAUUUUUACCCUAAAAAGGUCACCUAGAAUUUUCAGGAGCCUUUUUCUGGCUGAAAUUUUCGAAAAGCUAAGUUUUCCUUAUAAUUUUCGAUCCUUUUUCUUCACGAAAUCCGAACAAAUGAAAAAUUUUUAGGGAUAAAAAUAUGCCCAUAUCUACCGUUUCAAUACCAAAAUACGCUUUACAAUGCUAUUUUCGAAUCACGUUACUCAACAACAGGAAACUAGAUUUUCAGCUACGAAAUCCGAACAAAUGAAAAAUUUUUAGGGAUAAAAAUAUGCCCAUAUCUACCGUUUCAAUACCAAAAUACGCUUUACAAUGCUAUGUUUAAGUGGUUUUGAACUAUGUUCUCGUUGAGUGUCCCUAUUGUGAGCAUUGUGCAGAGUCUUUACAGUCUUUUUUCCCGUCAAUUGUCGUUACUCAACAACAGGAAACUACCCAUUUACAUUUUCGAGCCACUAAAUUUUAAUGGCUCGACGUGCGACACUAUCUGUGAGAUCAGCUACUAGGAAUAGCCCGCGAGCAGGCUCAUUUGAACGAAUUCAAGGAAAAAUUAUUAUGUCUAAUCUAAUAACUAUGUAAAAUGCUAAAUUACUACAACAUUGUACGUCAAGUAAAAUUUUAUUGAACCUUAAAUGUUUACAAUAUUUUUCUCACUAAAACUCUUCAGUGUACUAAGUACUCUUGCAAGAAUUAAUUAGGGCCCAGUUCAAACGUCUAACCUUUCAGGUACCAAACCUACAUGAAAAGGUCGACGUUUUAAUCAGCUCAUUUACUUUAUUUGGGUCGAUCCAUGAGUUAAGAUCGAGCGGCUUACAUGGGAAUUUCGACUGUGGAGCGGCUUCGUUUCAAACGUCGAACUUCUCAUGUGCCGCACGAACCUAAAGCAUAAAUUAUUAUGAUUUUUUUUUGCUGGUAAGCAUUGUGGACCAUUGUACAUCGUGAAACUGAAUUGAGGCCGACUAAUAAAUUUUGACGUCUGAAUCAAAAAUCGAACUUGUAUCAUUUGGGUCAACCUAAACAGUUGUUUAGUUCGUUCGCCGUUUGAACCAGGCCUAAGACUACUAUAAUAGAUAUACUAAUAAUUAUAAUAAUUAUAAUAAUAAUAAUAAUAAUAAUAAUAAUAAUAAUGACAAUAAUAAUAAUAAUAAUAAAGCCUUUACUUAUCAAAAGAUAAAAAUACAUAUCUUUUGUUACAAGUAAGUAUAAGAAAUUUUAAAAACGUAAAACGGUAAGAAUUAAAAAUCUAGUAUAUUACAUAGCUAAUUCAUGUUUAAAAAAAUAAACGGUCAAUAAAAGAGUUUUUAAAACGCAUAGUAUUAAUCUUACGUUUAAAACAAGUUUCUUUCCUAAGAUUGUAACUGGACGGUUUAACACGUGGCAUAAUAGAUAAAAGUGGAUUUUAGCAUUAGAAACUUUUCUGACAAUUUUACGGUCUUUCCUCUCUGAGAAAUCAUAAACAAUUACAGGCUUAGACGUAUAUUUACUUUUAAAACAGCGGUCUAAGAAAGGUUGUACAGGUGUAAGGUCAAAAUAAGAGUAUUAAAAAGAAGGUCUAUUUCUGACCGAUUAAAUUCCUCUUAGCGCAGCUAGCGUUAGCAUUCAGAUCUGAUACGUAUCAGACUGUGGUGAAUAAAAGAAGUAACAGCCUCAAAUGCAAGCGCCUACACUGGUGUACUUCAAUAGAUUACUGGUUCCUGGGAAAUUAACAGACUACCCUCCCCUCCACUAAGUCAGCAUUAACACUUCUCACUUAAGGCAAAAUUUUGCCCUAGGG